CAUGGUACUGUUUCUUCCACAGAGGAGAAGAAAAAACUAGUUAGAGAAUUUGAUGAAAAACAGCGUGAAGCAAAUGAAACGCUUCGGGAAAUGGAGGAAGAGCUGAAGUAUGCUCCUCUGCCUUUCCGCAACCAAAUGAUGAGCAAAAUCCGGGCGUACAGAAGAGACCUCUCCAUGUUCCAGAGAGAGAUGAGAAGCACAGAUUUGGGAUUGGGCCCUGGAAAUCAAGGCGAUAUAAAAUAUGGAAUCUUCUCUACAGAAAAUGAACAGAGUACUAAUCUACAGUCACAGAGGGUCCUGCUUCUCCAGGGAACCGACAGCCUGAACCGAGCCAGUCAGAGCAUUGAGCGCUCGCACCGAAUUGCUGCUGAAACAGAUCAGAUUGGCACCGAUAUAAUUGAAGAACUUGGGGAGCAGCGUGAGCAACUGGAACGCACCAAGAGCAGAUUGGUAAAUACAAGUGAAAACUUGAGCAAGAGUCGCAAGAUUCUACGUACUAUGUCCAGGAGAGUAACCACUAAUAAGUUGUUGCUGUCAAUUAUCAUCAUCCUGGAACUAGCCAUCCUAGGAGGUGUGGUCUACUACAAGUUCUUUCGUAGCAGAUGAAUCUUCAUGAGCAAGAUGAGCUUUCCACUGUUGAGGAACCGGAUGAGCUGUCUGUUCCCUUUGACUAUCUGAGGAUUGAACUGUCUCAUUAGACAGCAUGUUGAACUGAAACUACUGACACUAGAGAGACAGAGAAUGGGAGUAAAAGGAAAAUGCAGAGACAGACUUAACUACUGGUAAGAUUAAUAAGAAGGUAAUAAAUAUUUUAUUGUCUCAAUUUGUAUAUAUGUAACUAAAUGAAUAAAUCUUGGUAUGUAAUAAAGUAGUCACCG